UACUGGAUAGCUGCUGCUACUUGAAUUCUUUGGCUUCGAAAACUCUCGUCUCCUUCUACAUUUACUUCCACAUUCCUCCCUACCGGAAUCUCUUUCCGUACUGCCCUCGCGACAAGUAUCUGCUACCAGUACCUGGAUAGCGAUCGAUAAACUAACAAGAAACAUUCAGAGUAAAAAUCAGUAGCUUCGCCGGCGGUGCAAUUCCCUGGUAGAUAGUGAACGGUUGGCUCGAGAAAACACAGUUCAUACGAUUCAACUUGCCCAUAGAUUGAAACUCUUCUUUGUCUCUCGAAAUGUCUCAGAAACCGAUUUUUGUCGCUACUCACCCUCGCGCUUGUUCGACGGCCUUUGAACGGAUCUUCAUGACUCAACGGGAUACAAUCCAGUGUAUCCAUGAACCAUUCGGAGAUGCCUUUUACUAUGGUCCUGAGAGACUCUCUGACAGAUAUGAAGCCGAUGAGCAGGGUCGUUGGGAGAGCGGCUUCAGCCAGUCCACUUUCCUCACUGUGUUGCAAAGAAUCGAGCGCGAAGCUUCAGAGGGCAAGCGCAUCUUCAUCAAAGACAUCCUCCACUAUCUCCUCCCCCCCAACGCAAACCCAGCCAGCAUUGCCCCGUCUCUUAAUCGGAUUAAGCGCGGCGUAGGAACAGAAACCACAAAGGCUGUCGACCCCGGGGCCGUUGGCAGUGGUGCUGUCAGUAGCACCACUGCCAACGGCCAUCUCCCCGAGGUCGCGGGCGGCAUCACUAACGGAGUGAAGCUCAAAAAGGCUACAUCCACGACUAAGGCACCCUAUCCGUACGACACGGAGAGUGAAGCCAAAAAUCCCACCGUUGUGCCUAAGGAUGUGCUCUCCCUCUUCCAUUUCGCCUUCCUCAUCCGGGACCCCCACUACAGCGUGCCAUCUUAUUACCGCUGCACCGUGCCCCCCCUGGACAAAGUCACAGGGUUCUCCUAUUACGACCCCGCCGAGGCUGGGUACGACGAGAUGCGCCGGUUCUUUGACUAUCUGCUCGCGGAGCGAAUGGUUGGACCGCACAUCGCAACGAGGGAACAGGAUGCUGACGAGCUGGUGGACACCACCCGCAAGCCUGUGGGCCUGCCAAAUGGUGAUCUGGGCGUCGAGAUCUGUCUUAUCGAUGCGGACGACAUGCUCGACAACCCCGCCGCCAUGAUUGAGGCGUUUUGCCGCAGUGUCGGACUCGAGUAUACCCCGGAUAUGUUGAUCUGGGACAACGAGACUGCCCACACCUACGCACGAGAGGCGUUUGAGAAGUGGAGGGGCUUCCACAACGACGCCAUCGAAUCCAAGCGCCUCACAGCAAGAACCCACCCCCGUGCCCUCAAAACAGAAGCCGAGUUCGACGCCGAGUGGCGUGAAAAGUACGGCCCCGAAGGCGCCGCCCUAAUCCGAAAGACCGUCGACGCAAACAUGGCGGACUACCUGUACCUCAAGCAGUUUGCCAUGAAGGUGUAAUCCCACCGGGACAGACAACCAAAGCAACGUGAAAGAGGACAGAACGAGCAGUUAGGAGGAAGAGUCCGCUAUUGAAGUGCUUGAAAUUGAUAUCGCCCCCGCGGCACUUGAAGUUGAGAUAUGAUAUGAUUAGUAGUGAAUAUAAAUCUGCCCUGGUCGAUGAGGAGGAGAUAGUAGCUCCGAGCAUGCAAUUUCCGAGACAGCUUGAGUCAGGUUUGUUGAAUUGUUACGAAUUUCCUUUAUGUGGCUGUUGUUCCUGUUCGUUUUCCUUUUGAGUUUGUUCGUCGUGCCGUCCGUAUAACUUUUGUUUACCCGGCCGGCAUCUGAACCCCGCUGCAUGUUUAUUGUUUUUCGAAUGGAGGGAGAAUGUACCUACCUAAGUCUAUAGCCUGCCUAGCUCUGGACUCUGAUGGACUAACUCACUAAUUCCUCUAACCCAUUGCCUGGGAUUAAAGAAGUCGCCUAUAUAUCCG